AGCGGGCGGGCGUUUGCUUCCCACAGAUCACUACGACAGAGGCCACGAUGAUGAAGGGGGGAAGAAGCAGAAAUGGCAACUCAGAGUCAAACUGCUUGUGAUCGGGCACGAUGAGUCAAGCAAACUCAGCUCAGUUCCGCCCUCCAGCGCAUUUCCAGCGCAUAUAUCAUCCCACAGGACAUACAUCAGCUCCACGCCUGUCCUGCCAGCUUCCAAACCCAAAAGACGCCGACAUGGACCUGCGUGGUUACGGUCUUCCCUUCCACACUGGUUACACCUCGUAUUCGCCUGAGCGCUCCGCUGGCAUACAACCCGACUUGAGAGAUCCCUACGGGCACGAGCGGGACUAUUCUCUCUGCAACCUCAGCUUGUCCGAGGACCAAGCUCCGGAGAGGAUGCCCCGCUGGACCAGCUCGCCAAAGAAACACACCUCCCGCGGAAGUGACCGCGACACUGGGGACAAGUACCGCGAAUCCGAAAAGCUCUUGGCCAGCCCUAGGAACCAGAAUCCUGGCAUCGACAUUGCGCUGCGCAACCUUGACCACGAGGCGGGCGCCUCCCUGAGAGUGUUCCGGGCGUUUGUGCAGUGCUUCGAGCGCGAGAUUGAAUCGCUCCAAGACUGGGCCGAGGACUACACGCUUGACACGGUCUGGAGGAACAAGAUCAGGAACAUCUGUCGCGACAGGGGCGAGAGGGAGAAGUUUAGAGCCGCGGCGUCGCGGAUAGCAAGUUGCAGGGAAGCCGUCAAAGAAGCCGUUAAGAAUGCCAAGGCUCUCAGGGAGGUGUGGGAUGACAAAUUUAAGCUCGAAAGGCAGGUCCGCACAGCUAAGAAAGCGCUUCUGAACUCCGAGUGGGUCAUCAAUCUCGCGGAAAGAGCAGCGAGCGAGCGUUUGGCUUGCAAGCAACUGGUGAUCGAGCUGGGGGAGAUGAGGUGUCUGCUAUGAUGUAGACGGGGAAGACAGGACCGAGCAAGAACAUAGUGUCGCAAAAAAGUCCAGAGGCACGGCAAGAAGGAGCGAUGACGGGGUGUCUAACGGUGGUGAACUCGGUGCAGUCAACGACAGUGGCAGAAGAGAUGAGCAGGACGAGAUGAAUCGCUCUUUCGAUAACCCGUCAGA